AAUAUUUGGUGAUUGUGAUGUAAAUACUUGAAUCCUGGCCUGACAUCAACGUAGAUACCAUUUAAAUGUAAAGUUAUUUUCAUUCAAGGCAAAGAAAACAAAUGAGUGCCUCUUGAUCAGGGUUGAAUUACAUUGCAAUAUUGAUGAUAAAUAGUUUGGGCUACCACCAUCUACCUCCAAGAGAGGUAUGACCCUCCUCAAGCAAGAGGAGUGGCGACACUACCUGGACUGCCUGGUCGAUGCACAGCUCCGAGAGAUGGAGAGGAGACUCCAGCAUCGUGUGGCCAUGGUGCUGAGCCACACCCAGCAGCUAGAGACAGAGUGGAUUUACAGGGAGGCUUCCCAGCACCAGACGUCUGACCCUCUUCCACUGAUGGAUCAACAAGAUAAAAGGGCUGUAAUGAAGAGAAUGAGGAAGACCAGAGGGGAGCAGCCAAGCAGUCAGAGUGCCAAGAAGAGCCACUCAGGCCAAGAGAAACAGAGAGGUAGAGGACGGGAGAGAAAACACAGGACACUCCCAGACGGGAAGGAACAGGGCACAAGUCAGGACAAGGCAUUCUGUGGGAGCAAGAAGGAACACAGUGAGAGUGACUGGAAGAGGUGGUUGAGACAGCGUCUGUUUGGAAGUGAACGUUGGAAGUCAGCGUCACACACGGAAGUGAAGCAGGAUAACAUCAACAAAACAGUCAGACCCGACAGACAACACAAAGAGGGAGAAAGAGGGAGAGUGGAGGGGUUAACUAGAAACAAAGAUGGAGAGAAAGAGCAGCUACCUAAGGGACGUAGAGAUGAAAAGUGUGCCAGAGCUGACCAGUCCGGCAGAGAGGAUGAGAAGAGAGAGAGAGAGGAGCGAGAGUGUCACAAGGACAAACAAAAGAAAAGACAGGAUCAUAUUAGGAAAGGAGAGAUGGAAAAACAAAUAGAGAUGGAGAAGCUAAGGGAAAAUGAGCGAGAGGAGUUAGAGAAACUAUAUGACUAUAUAGAGAAGCUGAGAGAAGAGAUUAGACUGUUGGAAUUAGAGAAAAAUAUGGAGAAACUGAGAGGGGACGUUAGACUGUUGGAGGUAAAGAUGGUGAAAGGAAAAAACCACAUGAUUAAGGGAAAGGAGUCUGGAUACAAGAGAGGACUCAGUAGCAUGGAUGAGGAAAAGAGGCCAAGAGACAAAAGACAAGAGAGUGCUAAAGGAAAGGAGAUGGAGACACAGGGACGGACUGAAACAAGCCUGGAUAAACAGAAGAGUUCGGCGGACAUUACAGAAUUUGAGUUAGUAGUGAAAGUGAGUAGAAAAAUGUUGAGAAAGGAGCGAGAUGACAAGAAUGCUGAUAUUAAGGACUCUGUGGAAGAGCAGAACAGUGACAAAAUAAAACAUCAAUACGGAAAAAGUGUCAGUGAGGGAAAGGAGGACUGUGAGGUAGAGGAGGAAGAUGAAGAUGAGACAGAGAAGGUGGGGAGGAAAGAGAAAACACGUGGCUCAGAAUGUGCCAAGAGUGCAGAAGACAAGGACAGAAGCACAGCUACAGGGAAGGAGAGUGGUGGACACGGAGACACAAACUUUAACAAUGAGGUGAAAAGAAACACAGUAAAAGAGCCAGAGAAUGAUAUUUUAGAAGAAGGGAUGGAAAGAGGGAGGAGGAAAAUGACAGAAGUGGAGAGUUGUGACCUGUGGAAUUUAGACUUGAAGGAUGAUUUGAACAAGGAUGCAGGGACACAGUGGAAAGGACAGAUCAUAGAGCAGGACAGUGAUGGUUCAUGGAGUAUGGACUCUGAUGAGGAGAACACUAGAGUGACAGAGAGAGAUCAAGACAGUGACACUGACAGUCUGUGGGACACUGAUUCUUAUGAGAUGGACAGCAAUGGUCAGGCAGGGGAACAGAAACAAAUUGCUUUUGACAGUGACAGCUCAUGGGAUUCAGAAACUAAAGACGGAUUUCAAGGAGUUUUCAGAACCGUGGCUGUCUCCAUGAUCUCCAUACUUCACAAUACAUCUCAACAAAGGCCAUGAAUGUUAUUUUGUUAUUUAUAUGCCAUCGAUAAAAUAAAAAUUAAGAUAUUAACAUA